GUGGCCGGUUGAUUAUUCCCUGUAUCUGGUCACUGGUCGAGAGCUGCUGCCCUCUGGCAAGGUCUACGAAACAUGGUUGCAAUCGGUGUUAUCCACAGGAGCAGUGACCGUGGUCCAGGUUCGAGAGAAAGAUGCCGAUACCGGCGAGUUCCUCGACAUCGCAUCCCGGACGAAGAAGUUCUGUGAUUUGUUCAAUAUACCGCUUAUCAUCAAUGACCGAGUUGAUAUCGCCUUGGCCAUGGGUGCGGCUGGCGUUCAUCUGGGCCAAUCCGACAUGCCAGUUGCCGUGGCUCGCAGACUUCUGCAGCAAGGCUCGAUAAUCGGCGUCUCCUGUAAUAACGUGGAACAAGUGAGAAAAGCGGUCCAGGACGGAGCGGACUAUAUUGGCAUAGGCGCUGUCUGGGGAACCCAGACUAAGAAACUCACGAAUCCUAUUAUCGGAGUCAGAGGCGUCGGAGAGAUGCUCCGCGAGCUCGAUGGAACGACGGUCAAGGCUGUCGCUAUAGGUGGCAUCAAGACCACGAACGUAUUGCGAACUUUACAUGGAUCCAUCUCCACCACAGGGCAUGCCCUCGACGGCGUUGCCGUCGUGAGCGAACUAGUAGCUUCGCCCGAUCCUGCUGGAGUGGCGCAAACCCUUGCUACGUCCAUCAAGGGCUUCAAAUCGGAGCCGCUGCAUACGUUCUCCAAUGCCCAUAUCCAUCGUAGCCUUGCAGUAGGCUCUGCGUAUACCCAGGAUUCUAUUAUCGCAUCGGCAUCCGCUUUGAUAGGCGCUGUCAGGUCUCUCAAACCGCUUGUUCAUCAGAUCACGAACAAUGUGGUGACUACACAAUCUGCCAAUGCGACUAUCGCCCUGGGAGCGAGCCCGAUCAUGGCCACUGCGCCAGAGGAAAUGAAAGAUCUGGCCAGAGUGCCAGGUGCCCUUCUCGUGAAUUUCGGAACGAUUGCGAAUAAAGAUGGAAUGCUUGUCGCGGGUCAUUAUGCCAACCUCAAGCGUAAGCCGAUCGUUUUCGAUCCUGUAGGAGUUGGCGCGACAGAAUUUCGAAGAAGGAUCGCGAACGAACUGCUCAACACAUGGCAGUCGACCGUCAUAAAAGGUAAUGCGGCGGAAUUGGGAGCGCUAGCAAACUCCUCCGAAGUCACGUCCAAGGGAGUUGAUAGUAACGGAGAGUUCGCAGACGCUGCUUCUGUCAUCAAGCAGCUUGCCUUGACAGAAAGAUGCAUCGUGGUCCUUACGGGAGCGGUAGACUUUAUCACUGACGGGAGGACCGUCGUUCGCUUAGCCAACGGACAUCCGCUUUUAGGAGACAUAACCGGCUCCGGCUGUAUGACUGGCACCUCCAUCGCAACCUUUUGUGGUGCGGCAUGUAUGGCAGCCGCCUUUCAAGGAGACUACAUCUCCAGCACGAGGUUAGCCCACGGCGACAUGCUUAUCGCCGCGGUCGCAGGCGUCCUUGCGAUCUGUAUCGCUGCGGAGAUCGCCGCCGUACGCCCUGACGUGCAUGGACCUGGAACAUUCCUGCCGGCACUCAUUGAUGAACUCGCGCACCUCACGCCGGACGUCAUCGCAGCGCGCGCCAAAGUCGAGAUUUCGGACGAUUUUGAACAGAAUACCAUGUCGGAGUAGAUAUCAGCACAAUGUAACAAUGCUACAAGUUUGUAAUGCGAUGCAGGUCGUGCUCAU